AUGAGUGAAAUUGCAUCUUCGUGGAGCCCAUCAAUCGCUUCCAACUUCUCCUGGGACUCGUCCACAUUUCCAGAGACAUCCACUCUUUUGCCGACAGAGCUCAAUGGCGAUUGGCGCACCACUACCGCAGACACAUUCAAGCACCCCAGCGCCACUGCGAAGUCCGUUAACGACGCAUUCCAAUGGCCGCAAGUUCGUCAAAAACUCACCAACGCCGCGGAAGCAGCAUCUGAAUGUUUCCAAGAACGCCUGAACCGCGCGUUCGAAGGCAGCGAUGUACCCGCCAUGCACGACAAAGCCAUGUCUUACGUUCCCUCACUCUCUAUACCCACACUCCACCAAGUCAGCCAGAGCGUCGACGCACUCACAGACAAAGCGCAUGCAGUCUUACCACAGCGCCGCCACUCAAACGCCUUUACAGACGAGGAAUUAGCCGGUGAUCACCUCGCGUUUGCUUACCAAAUGUCGCAAAAAGCCCGCCGCGCGCUCGUAAAGCAGGGUAUAUGUAAAUCCUGGCAAACAGAUGCGACGCGCGCGACUGUCCAGUGGUACGACCAACUCGACGCAAAACUUUCCCAGCUCUUUUCCAAUGAGAAAGUGAAUUUUGGUGUCAAGCAGUUGUUUCAGAUGAGCCCCAUCUGGACCGGCGAUGUUGGCUGUAUGACGGAGGUUGUUGCUGAGGGCGAGGGCGACGAGUGUGAGGAGAAGCGGGUGUGUUUGGCUGUCGGAUUUACGCUGCCGGAGACGGCGGGGUGUGUGCGGGUUGAGGAUGUUGAGCGCGGGACAGUGGAUGAAGAGGAUUGGAUGGCGGUGCAGUAA